GAGGAGUUAGUUGAGUUGGGCGCCAGAGCUCCGCGUGGUCAGUUGAGCAGUUGGUUUGACGGUAACAAGAAAGAGGAAGGAUCCGUAAGCCAGGAUAUACAGAACAAUGGCACUCUUCCGUUUCAGUCCAAAACGCUGUUUGGAAGUCCAGAAAUUAACUUCCACAGUCUUCUUGAGACAAUUAUCCGAUAGCUCCACCGAUCUGAAGAAAGUUUUAACCGAAAAGAUCCCGAAGGAACAAGAACGCGUCAAGAAUUUCCGUAAACAGCAUGGAUCUACCAAAGUUGGCGAAGUUACCGUUGACAUGAUGUAUGGCGGUAUGCGUGGAAUCAAAGGUCUCGUAUGGGAACCAUCCGUCUUGGACCCGGAAGAAGGUAUCAGAUUCCGAGGAAAAUCAAUCCCCGAAUGUCAGAAGCUAUUGCCGAAAGCUUCCGGUGGCGCAGAGCCUCUUCCAGAAGGUCUCUUCUGGCUGUUGAUCACCGGUGACGUUCCCACCGACGCCCAAGCGAAAGCUCUUUCCCAAGAAUGGGCGUCGAGGAGCGCGCUGCCCGACCAUGUGGUCAAAGCACUGAACAACUUCCCAAAAUCGGUUCAUCCUAUGACUCAAUUCUCUGCGGCCAUCACUCUGUUAAACAGCGAAAGUGAAUUUGUAAAGGCCUACACCAAAGGUGUACACAAGACCAAAUACUGGGAGACCGUCUACGAGGAUUCGAUGAAUUUGAUCGCUAAAUUGCCAGUAGUGGCCGCCACGAUCUACAGAAACAUUUAUAAGGGUGGCAAAGGUUUGGGAUCCGUCGAUGCUGGCAAAGAUUGGUCCUGGAAUUUCGCGAGCAUGCUUGGCUACGAUAACCCCCAAUUCAUCGAACUGAUGCGCUUAUACCUGACGAUCCACUCCGACCACGAAGGUGGAAAUGUUUCGGCGCACACGACCCACUUGGUGGGUUCGGCGUUGUCCGACCCCUAUCUGUCGUUCGCAGCUGGUAUGAACGGCCUAGCCGGACCUCUUCACGGUCUCGCGAAUCAAGAAGUGCUUGUAUGGCUGGAGAAACUCCGCUCUCAAGUUGGAGACAGCCCCAGCGACGACAAACUUAAAGAAUUCAUUUGGAACACUUUGAAGAGCGGCCAAGUCGUUCCCGGAUACGGCCACGCUGUACUCAGAAAGACUGAUCCUAGGUACACUUGCCAGAGAGAGUUCGCGAUGAAACAUUUGCCGGACGACAAACUGUUCAAGCUCGUUGCUCAAGUAUACAAAAUUGUUCCCCCUGUACUCUUGGAAACUGGCAAGGUAAAGAACCCGUGGCCGAACGUAGAUGCUCAUUCGGGAGUUUUGUUGCAAUACUAUGGAAUGAAGGAAAUGAAUUACUACACCGUCCUUUUCGGAGUAUCGCGUGCUCUUGGUGUCCUCGCUUCCCUGGUCUGGGACCGUGCUCUUGGACUUCCGAUCGAAAGGCCCAAAUCUCUUAGCACCGACCUCCUUAUGAAAGCUUGCAAAGCUUAAACGACAACUUUAUUUAUGAAAAAAAGAAAAGAAUAUCAGAAUCACUGAAAUCUCUUAAUUCGUGUCACACCAUCAUCAUAACCUUCAGCAACAAGGAACUGACUGCUUUGUAUCAUGUUACGAACGUUAUCGAUGCACGGAAAAAAUGUUAAUCUCGAACUCAUUUCGAAUUCAUUUUGAUUGACUUCAAGGAAGUCGUUUUAACUCUUUCGAUUUGAGUCGAUUAAAUCGCGCAGUGAUCCCAGUGGCCGAGGCGUCAGUCGGCCAUUACGUUUUCUACAGCAUAUGGGCCACUCGUCCACUACGAAUAAUUUCUGAAUACCAACUAUAGUCAUUGUUCGUAUCGAAAGAGUUAACUGCCGAGUCUUAUUAAGAAGAUACGAGGCUAGGUAUUAGAAACAAUACAUAAUCAUAUCACCUAAUGAUAUAUUGUUCAAACGUAGACAUUCUAAAAUAAAAGUUCGUGGUACAUUGUAUCGUAAAAAUGUUAAUCUACAUUUUUUUCAUCCGCUAACGAUGUAAAUACUGUAUACAUAAAUGAGAUAAACUUUUUGUGAUAUAAGAAACCACGUAUGAGAAAUAUAUAUUGGUCCAGUAUACAUAGUUUCAACUGCCAAGCCCUUAAAUAAGAACAUAAUACCAUGCGUUAACAGUAGACACGGUUCAUUGUAAAUAUAUUUGUCGCUUUAUGUUUAACUUAAAUAGUGACAAUUUUAGAAGUAAAAAAAUAAUAAUAAUCGUUGUAAUAAAAACUAGUUAAUUCACUGAAAUAUUCGGCAAAAAGGUUAGCUGUGUGCGUAGUCAACAUUAGAUAGACAAUGUCUUAAAAUUAAACAGACACUGCCAAAAAGUAUCAAAAUUUUUAGAAUACAAUUGAAUCGCAAUAAACAUCUUUACUUCUACUAUUGUAGUAAAAAGACAUUGCGUGAAUUAAAUCAAUUUCUCCAGCAGAAUAUUCGCGAAACGCAACUGCUCUUAGUAAACUACGUAAAAUAGAAAAUAAAAUGUAUAGGGCUAAUGAAAUAUGUAAACAAUAUUGCAAGUGUUAGCGCACCAGUUAUUGGUUUUAAAUUCUGCGAAUAUGCUAAAAGAAAACUAUGGCCCAAUUGCAGAGUCAUUACAAUUUAUGUAAAUUAAAAAAUAUGACCAGUGGUAGAUCCAUUGUUAAAAGAAUGAGUGAGUGUGUGCGAUACUUCAUUUAUAACGAACGUAAAAAUAAAUAGAUCAUUGAAAAUUA